UUCAGUUUUUAAGUAAAACGCAUAUUUAGUUAACAACGUUUUCAAAAUGAAGAUAUCAAGCGUUAUAUGUUUUCGAGCAACUAUAUCAUACUCUUGUAUGAUUUCAUCAAUAUACUUCGUUCUAAUACUUCAGAUUUCAACACUCGUGAGUUCGUUACCAACAAGCAGUCGCCAUCUUGCUUCAACUUUGCCAGAAGAAUUUGAAAAUUUACGAAAAUUUGAAAUUAAUGAACAUUCUGGGGAUCCAGAUGAAUACAUCAUAAUAUUUCAAGGAUUUUUAUCAGAUUUAAAAAUGCUCGAAGCUCUUGUACCUCACAAAGAGUUUUUCAGAAGUAUUUUCGAAGAUAAAUCUAUAACUUCAGAAGAAAGUCGAAGACUUAAGAGCAAACAUCACGUAAAGAGAGGAUUGAGAAAUGGUCGAAAGAUGGCUCGACUUUCAUGUCAGAGGAAAGGAAAAUGUCGCAUCACGACCUGUCCAUUUAAUGUGCCUCUUGAUCGCAUCUCAUUCAGCACUGGAUUUGGAUGUAGAACGAGGAAACUGCCUCAUGUUUAGAAGAAGAAAACGAGAAACGUCCGCAAAUAAACUUCACUGUAACGCGUUAGCCCAGGCUGAUUUACAUACACGCAUCAAAUAAUGCACAAUAAAAAAGAUGCGUAUCAGCUUGCGUAUAAAACAGGCACUGUUCUUUGGAUUUAUUUUUAGUACUUGUAUGAAAAUUGCAUCCUGCUAAAUAUUUAAUUGUAAUCUUAUUCUAUUCAUUCGAAAUAUUGUAUUCCUUCUGUGAUAUUUAUCUGUUUAUUUAUAUAUAUAUUUAUUUUUUAUUUUACAAAUAAAAACACUUUUGCUAAACCAUGGCAAUGAUUCGCUAACUUAAAUGCACCGAUCUUGGUAGUUAAUCCAAGUAUUCACAUUUUCUCGGGCCCUGGCCCCCAUGGCAGGACUUAGUUCAGGAAAAAAACGGUUUCUUACCUUCCGCUCAUGAUAUUCAAGUUUCUCGAUGAUUUGUAAUUAUGCUCUCAUUUAAUGCCUAUG